AUGGUGCCGGUCACGGGCAUGCUCGGUGAAGAUGGCAUCCACAUCGACAUGAAUCACCUCAAGUCUGGCGAAGUGAACCUCGGAACCUCCAUCAUGGCCAUCAACUUCAAGGACGGUGUCAUCCUCGGCGCAGACAGCAGAACCACGACCGGCGCAUACAUCGCCAACAGAGUUACGGACAAGCUCACACAAGUCCACGAUACGAUAUGGUGCUGUCGGUCGGGAUCAGCAGCAGACACGCAAGCGGUUGCAGAUAUCGUGCAAUACCACUUGGGCAUGUACGGCAUAACGAACGACGAAGCACCGACCACACAGACCGCCGCGGCCAUAUUUCAAGAGCUGUGCUACGAGAACAAGGAUGCACUCAGCGCGGGCAUCAUCAUCGCUGGCUGGGAUCACAGGCACGGCGGACAGGUCUACUCCAUCCCACUGGGUGGUUCUCUACACAAGCAGGCAUACGCUAUCGGUGGAUCUGGAUCGACAUACAUUUACGGUUACUGCGAUGCACACUGGCGAGAAGGCAUGACUGAAGAAGAGGGCAUCAAGUUCGUGAAGGGCGCAUUACAGGAGGCCAUCAAGUGGGAUGGAAGCUCUGGAGGUGUCAUUCGCAUGGUGGUGUUGACUGCGAAGGGAGCCAUCCGACAUCUGUACCUCCCUGACCGCAACUACGAGGGUCCAGGCACGGAGAAGCCAUAA